AGUUUUCUCUUUCCUCUCGCGCACCUUCCUCUCUCUUCUCAUCAAUGGCCACCACUCGUCUUCUCCUCCGCCGUUGCUCCGCCGCCACCGCCACCACCGCCGCCGGACGUAGCCUCCCUUGGCGUCUCGUCCCUUCGAAGCUCCAGUCUUCCCAAGCUGAACCUCCGGCGAAGCCCAAGCGCACGAAGACCUUCUCGAUCUAUCGAUGGAACCCCGAUAACCCCUCCAAACCCUACCUCCAUAACUACGAGAUCGAUCUCAACGACUGCGGUCCCAUGGUCCUCGACGCCCUUAUCAAGAUCAAGAACGAGAUGGAUCCAUCCCUCACCUUCCGCCGAUCCUGCCGCGAGGGCAUCUGUGGCUCAUGCGCGAUGACCAUCGAUGGAGACAAUGGCCUCGCUUGCCUCACCAAGAUCCAGGCCUCUGGUGGCGCCUCCACGAUCACCCCGCUGCCGCACAUGUUCGUUGUCAAGGAUUUGGUGGUGGAUAUGACCAAUUUCUACAACCAGUACAAGAGUGUUGAGCCGUGGCUGAAGAGGAAGGAUCCUCCGCCGCAGCCAGGGAAGGAGAUUCCUCAGAGCAAGAAGGAUAGGGCGAAGCUCGAUGGGAUGUAUGAAUGUAUUCUUUGUGCUUGUUGUAGUACGUCUUGCCCUAGCUAUUGGUGGAAUCCUGAGACGUAUCUUGGCCCUGCUGCACUUCUCCAUGCUAAUAGGUGGAUUCAGGACAGUCGAGAUCAGUACACAAAGGAGCGACUUGAUGCCGUAAACGAUGAAUUCAAGCUGUACCGCUGCCACACGAUCAAGAACUGUGCCCAUGCCUGUCCCAAGGGAUUGAAUCCUGCACUACAAAUUGAAUCAAUCAAAAAACUUCAGCUUCAGUGAACAUCCAACGAGCGCUCCAGAUUUCCACCUACAUUGAAAAAGAACAAUAUUUAAAUCUCAGUGUGCUGAGCUUUCCAUCUUAGAAAUAAUUAUUGGGCCUCUAUUGUGAUGCCUUAUAUUUCCUUUAUCUGUUGUAAUAAGUGUAGAUUGAUCAAACAAUGGUUGUUUCCCAGAGCCUAAAUGAUUGUUCUCAGGUGAAUUUGAACGAAGGGGCUGACAUUAUUAAUGUUUGAGUUCAUAAUUUAGGAUUUUCCUGAGUUUAAGUGUUA